UAUUCAGAAGGUCUUGCUGCUAGUGACCUGAGAAGUUUGAAUACAUUUCGACACCUCCAAUUGAAUUAACUAUGGAACUUUUCAAAAAAAUAUUCGUUUUCUUGUUGAUUACUGUUACCAUCGAUUACAGUAGUGCUUGUAAUGGAUACAAGAUGACUAUGAUAAAACUUGAGAAUACCGCUGGUGAUGAUGCGGUUUUAAAAAUAGACCCAGAUACAACGGUGUCAAUGACCAAAGAUUGUGAAAUUGUGGUGAAAGGAUGUGCAGAAACGAAAGAUUUUAAUACAGCUACGGUAAAAUACACUAUUCUGAAGAAUGGAAAUCGGAUCACAAGCGGAAGCACUGAUGUAUGCGAAGAAUUGAAAAAAGAUACGAAAGGAAUAGCAACUGGUUUGAUGUCAUUUGGACUGCCAAAAAGUUGUCCAAUCAAAAAAAUGAAACAAUGUGCUGAUGGAAGCCAAAAAAUCAGCAUUGCAUCUCACAAAAAUUUACUGCCGCUCGCAGCGGGAACUAUUGAUAUGACCAUAGACGUAACUCAUGACACUGGAAAAAGUGGUAUGAAAUGUACUUUGAAAAUUAGCCGUUAGAACAAAAACAUAUAUUGCAGUGUGACAUUUAUCAGUGGAUAAAAAAAUUCAACUACUUUCUAUAUUUUUCCUGUAAUGCACUUUGAAAAUAAAUUUGAUUGUACACGUCUAAUGAAAAUGAA